AGUUUUACAGCUAACUUUCAUGAACAAAAGCUAAAGCCUAUGUUCCUGCAGACGACAAAACAGACUGCUAACUCCAGCCACUGCCCUAGUCCAGCAACAUAUACAGCAUUCCUUACUACCUUCUUGUUGUAAUGCUGCAAGAAUCUCAGUCUUGUAUGCAGAAGUUUGAGAUUUUUCUGGAAUGCAGAUCUGAGAAAAUGGGAGCUUUUCUAGAUAAACCGAAGAUGGAAAAGCAUAAUGCUCAUGGAAGUGGUAACGGGCUAAGUUAUGGGUUGAGCAGCAUGCAAGGUUGGCGAGUUGAGAUGGAAGAUGCUCAUACGGCUGUGAUUGGUCUCCCUAGUGGUCUUCAUGAAUGGUCAUUCUUUGCUGUGUAUGAUGGUCAUGCGGGUUCCCAGGUUGCCAGAUACUGUUGUGAAUACUUGUUAGAACACAUAAUUAGCAACCCAGAUUUUUGGGAUUCUGAUGGACAGUCCUCAGUAGAAAGUGUCAAGAAUGGAAUCAGAACAGGCUUUCUACAGAUAGAUGAACACAUGAGGUCAAUCUCUGAAAAGAAGCAUGGUGCAGAUAGAAGUGGAUCAACAGCAGUGUGUGUUCUGAUUUCUCCACAACACACAUACUUUAUUAACUGUGGGGACUCCAGGGGCAUUCUUUGUAGAAAUGGUAAAGUUAAUUUUUUCACACAGGAUCAUAAACCAAGUAAUCCUUUGGAAAAAGAGCGCAUUCAGAAUGCAGGUGGAUCUGUUAUGAUUCAGCGUGUCAAUGGUUCACUUGCAGUGUCAAGGGCCCUUGGUGACUUUGACUACAAGUGUGUGCAUGGGAAAGGUCCUACAGAACAACUUGUGUCACCUGAGCCUGAAGUAUUUGUGAUAGAGAGAUCUGAGGAAGAUCAGUUCAUUGUUCUAGCUUGUGAUGGUAUUUGGGAUGUUAUGGGCAAUGAAGAAUUGUGUGAUUUCAUCCAGUCCAGACUAGAAAUCACUGAUGAUCUUGAGAAAGUUUGCAAUGAAGUUGUUGAUACCUGCCUGUACAAGGGAAGUAGAGACAACAUGAGUGUAAUUCUGAUAUGUUUUCCCAGCGCCCCAAACGUAUCAGCUGAAGCAGUAAAGAAAGAAGCAGAGCUGGAUAAAUACCUGGAGAGCAGAGUAGAAGAGAUCAUUAAGAAGCAGGGAGAUGGAGGAGUGCCAGACUUAGUCCAUGUGAUGCGUACGUUAGCAACGGAGAGCAUCCCAAACCUCCCGCCAGGGGGUGAAUUGGCAAGCAAACGGGGUGUAAUUGAAGCAGUUUAUAACAGACUGAAUCCCUACAGGAAUGAUGACACUGAUGCUACAUUGACAGAUGACAUGUGGUAGAACUGUCCAGUUACCUGUGAAGUUUGCGUUCAUCCUUCAGCUAAACAUGCAGUCAUCAGUGAACCUCCUUGGCCUUCACCUACAGCGUUCCUCAUUUCAAGAAGGGAGUAUGAAGUAGAUGAAAGAGAGGUAUCACAGGUUGAAUUAUUGCAGCAAUCAACCCAAGAACUGAUAACUUUUCCAUAAAAAUUCAUAAAAUAAAACCUUUUGUAAACAUAAGUACAGUUUAUCAUUUUUGUUGUAAAUUAGUCUCCACCACCUUAUGUUGUAUGAUUUUUUGUAAAGUGCAAUUGUCUGUACAAAAUGCUUUUAUUUAAUUCAGCAUGAUUUUAAGUUGCUGUGUAGGCUGCAGAAGUUGCUUGAAUUAUUGAGGUGGGGUGCAACAAAUACUUAUUUAACAGUGCUCUUAUUGUUAAAUGUAGUGCAGCCACAUUCUUAUUUAAGCAAGUGUCACAGUAGGUAGGUGAUCCAGCCAGUCGUAAUUAAGAAGAGGAAGUUAGUGUUUUGCUAGUAUUUGUUUUGAGAAAGUGAACUGCAGAAUAAUUGGAAUGUCUACUGAACAGUAGCACACACACCACAACUUUCCAUCUACAUACCACUGCUGUUAUAAUUUCAAGAGCAGUAGGACACAGUUCUGAGCUGAGCCAAGAAUAUGUAAAGGAUUAUUUCAUUGCUGUCUUUUCUGCAGAACUGCCAGCACUUAUGUUAUUGCCUUUAUUAGCAGAUUUGAGUUUGACGACUGGUUCUGUCACCUGCUCACUAGAUGCUUGUGUGUCACUGAAUUUAUAAGCUUCUUUUUUAUUGUCUUGCUUAAUAUCUUGAGCAUUAUUUAUUUUGCCAAGCCCUACUGUAUGCGUGCACACAUAUUCCUUUAUGUUGCUGACAUUUUAUACAAGUAAACAAUUAUUGCUAUACACCUAAACAAGAUUCUGUUCUUUUUUAUUGUUACACUGUACUGUUUAAAAUUUCUGUACAUAUUCCUAUGUGUAGAUGACAUUUUGUUUAGUUUACUGCUUAGUUUAUUCAAGUUUCUUUGGUUAUUAAUGUCUGUACAUUUGUUUUUGUCUAAUGUGUAAUGAAAACACUUUUGUCAGAAUCUGACAAUCUAACAGUAAUAUAUGAACAUAUUAAGCAAGUUUAUUUUAAUUAUACCACUUAAAAUGAUAAAACCAGUUAAUUUUCAUUUUCCUUUAAUUUGUUUGACUUGUCUAAUUUAAUACUUUAAAAGUCUUGCCAUUAUUAUAAUCAUUGUAUCGUAUUUAUUUAAAAAUAAAGAUGGUGUAAGUGUAAACAUUUCAGAGAACAACAGUCUUCUCAGGGUUAUCCCCAAAAGUGGGCUGUCAAUGUGUCUUUUGUUUAAGGUAUACCAAGCAAGAGACAUGUUCAUGUGGAAGGCUUUUUUUCUUUUUCAGAAGAUAAUGUAUUGUGUUCACACAUUUCUCACAACGUUUCACAGUAUAAGCUGAGUUUUUUAUAAGUUUAAUGCUGCAUUUUCCCCACCACCCCCUUCCAUUUUACUCUGGUGAAUAAUACAACAGUGUGUUCAUAAUUUAACCUGA